UGGGCAUCGUGUUUAAACCGUUAUCAAUUUGUGAUGCUCUCGAAGUACGGUCCCAUUUUUCGUGAACUCCUUGCUCUCGUUCCAUGGAAUAUCCUACUGAUGUCCCAGGUCUGUUUUCCUUGGGCGAGACUCAACUUACCGUUGCGGAAUGGAGGAAGGUGCUCCUGUACAGCAACUUCCCCCCGCGGUGUGUCCUUGAGCGGCUCACAUUUUGCAAAGCUACCAGAGGCAAAGAGCAUGAAUUUAUUGUGCUGUAUUUUCGUCAUUGGAAUGCCUCAGUGCCUGCGACCGCGCGUCUGAUUGUAGAACGCGCUCUAAACCCAUACCAAAUGGACGGUCGUUCCAUGAUCAUGCAUUCGUCGAGCUUUUCAGCUUUACAAAUUUCCUCCUUGAUUUCACCAACCUCUUUACAAACUUCCGCCAUUGAUUCUGUUUUAAUCACCUCAAACACCGUUCACUCACACUGGGAAACGUACCUGGGUGGCAGAUAUGGCUCGUACAAAACACUUUGCACCCUCGAAUUCUCCGCCACAUCCUGCCCCUCGGCCACCCAGAUAUCUGUUCUCUUAUUCGUUAUAAACCGCCAUGCUCCCGACUACCACCUGUGGAAGUUUCAGUGUUAUUGGUUUGCCAUGACUAUCUGGGAGACCAUAAAACAGCUCUUCUCAGGAUAUGUCGAAGCGGCCUGGAAACCUGGGCGCUCUCAGUGCUUCGGGUUUAACGCAGUGGAUAUGGGAGACAGUGUGAAGGUCGUGUGUCAGGAGUACGUUGAUGAGUGGACGCGCUUCGACAACGAAGCCGAGAAAGAGAAGCAACCUGAGCAGGAGAGGCAAACCAAACAGAAGUGCCGAGCCGAGGUUGCCAGAGCACAGCAGGUGAACCCUUGGUGGAACAGGACUAUGAUGACAAUGUUACAGUUAUGGGCGGCGGCGUUUGACUCAUACUAGCCUGGGUUGUUUCGAUGUUUGGCUCAUGGUCUGGCUCCGCACCUUGACGCCUUCCACCGUCAGGAGUUUAUCGAAGAUCUGUGAUCCUUUUCUGUAC